UGUUUGAUUCUGACAAUCUUUAAUGAAUUUGUGUUUUACCAUCAACACAAGCAAAUUUAUGAAGGAUGAGAGUAGAUCUAGGUGGCGUUUGAGACAUGCGGAGCAGAAAGAACAGCGGCAGAAUGUCUUCCUCCUUUGUGGAACAACAGUUACUAUGCUAGUAAUGUCUGUGUAAUUAACUCGUAUGAUACUUUCAAUGAGCGGAAUGCUUUGCUAAUGUAAACAAAAUGGUUUAAAACCGUUGUGGCUCCGACGAAAACACGUCCGUUUGUUCUACCGUGUGCCAAACGUUCGUCACGAUGUGGAAGUGUCACAAAUGCGGGAAACCCGUUUUCUUCGCUGAACGCAAACAGUCUUUGGGAUACGAUUGGCAUCCAGAAUGUUUACGAUGUGAGGAGUGUGGGAAGCGAUUGAAUCCUGGGCAACAUGCAGAGCACAAAGGCGUGCCUUAUUGUCAUGUUCCUUGCUAUGGAGCAUUAUUUGGACCUCAAUUAUUCGGCCAUGGUACAAGAGUAGAAUCACAUACAAGUUUUGGGAAGAAAGAAAGUCGACCAUCUUUGCCGAGAUCGCAUUUAGAAUCCAAGCUGAAAGUUUUUAAUCAGUAUUAUGAAGGCAAAAGUGGAGGAAUCCGAAGUCGUGAAGUCAAUGGAAGAUUAAUACUAGAAGGUGCAUUAAGAAUUUACUGGGGAGUACGUGGUGUAAUUCAUCUGAAGGAAGACGACGAUCAGCGCACAGUAGUUACUGCACGAAAUAGAAACUCGUGCAGACACAGUGUUUCUGAGGAUGUCGAAGAUGAAGAUAAGCCAGAUGAAUUAUCUAAGAACACAUUGGACAGCAGUACGGAGAAUAAUACAAAAUCCAUUCCAACAUCACCCGAACAUUUAAAGAGUCUCACUUUGCCCAUGAAACUAGAUGUCAAAAAUAUGGAAUGGGAUGAGCUGGAUGAGCUUCUACAGGUUGAACGAAAGAUCGAAGAUGGCGAUAAAUUAUAUCAGACAAUGCCUGAGAAUCUUCCAUCAUUAAGUUCACAAUCUAGUGUGGAUACGCCACCACUCUCGUCUCAGUCAAGUCUCGAUCGAUCAGAUUCUCGGGAGAAUUCGAAAACGAACAGUCCCAGUCAUCAAACUAGCCGAGACAAUGAUAGUAGCAUAAACAGCACGCCGACGCACAGCAUAGGUAGUUCUUCCAGUACAGACACACCUGUCUGUAAUCUAGGAGUUUCUAAUAGAAAUGGUACGCUUCGAAGAGUAGAAUACUUUGAUAACUUAGAGAAAAGCACCGGUAAUAAAUCGAUUAGCACUGACGACAGCUGGAUUGAAAAGGGUCUGAACCGAUCAUUGUCCGGUCCUGAUUGUCUUCAGAGACACAGAACUGAUAGUGACACGGAUUCGGUAAAUUCUUUCAGAGAGGACGAUAAUAUGACCAUGUCUACGGAUAGUGGAUUAGAGCUGGAUGGCGUAGUUUUGCGUCGCAAGCAAGGCUCUACCGCAAUUAGACGACGCCCGGGCGGCAGACGUCAAUCGCGAAGCCGAUUACGACGUCGUUGCUCGAUCAACGGUCAUUUUUAUAAUCGAGAAACUAGUUUCUUUACUCCACCUCAUGGUUCACAGAUGUCCGUGUGGGUAACAAGUCUAGUGAAUACUCAGGAAGUUAUUAAUCUUAUGCUGGACAAAUAUAAAGUUGAUGCUAAGUCUGACAACUUUGCAUUAUUCGUCGUCCGCGACAAUGGUGAGCAAAGAAGAUUGAAGGAUGACGAAUAUCCUUUGGAAGUCAGAGUAGUCUUGGGUCCGCACGAAAACGUUGCGCGAUUAUUUCUGGUCGAUAAAUUGUCCACACCUGAAAUCAGUUCUGAUGUCGCGCAGUUUCUCAAUUUGUCUUUAACAGAAUGUGAAGGUAUAGUGCAACGUUAUUACUUCGAGGAAGAGCGUCAGAUUCUCCUUUUGAAAGAAAAAUAUAAAGAGAUGCGAAAAAGAAUAAAACAAAGAAUGGAGGAGUUAAAAGUUCGAUUAUAGGUAGAAUGAUGAAUGAAUGUAUGCAUGGAUAUCCACGCAAUUAUUUUUAUAAGCGCUUAAAACAUUUUCUCUAUAAAGAGAAAUAUUCAUGUGGCAAGAAUCUAUAACUCAUACCGCGCCAAAAUGGUAUUGGUAUAUAGGUAUGUAUUACAAUAACAUGACACAAUCCACGACGUAAAGUAUUUUUUAAAUAUCGUACAAUAUGCGCCUGCAUUUCAGUUUUAUUUGUAGCUUGACACUUUGUUAUAUUCUCUUUUCGUUUUGAAUUUCGUUUCUGUUGCAUUUAUCUAUAAUCGUUAUAUAUGGAAAUGCUAUUAAUUAGUGUACUUUAAUAUGGAUAAGGAGAUUGAAUCUCUGGUGAUUUCAUAUCAAAUUUUCCUUUAUCAGAGAUAAUAUUAUGUGAUAAAUGUAAUAUGUGAAAUAUGUUGUUCUUAUAUUUCGUUAUAUGAUUUUCUGAAUAACUAAUUUAAAUGAAAAAUGCUGCAAUAUUUUUGAUUUGUUUUAUAUUGAAGGCGAAGCGAUUAGGGAUUCGAGCAAUAUUAAUGUGAAAUAAUUAUUGCUUAUAAAAUUAAAACAAUGAAAAAUCGAACAGAAUUAUAUUCGAUGUUUCUCUGCGAAUUUAUAAUCGCGAAUUUAUAAUCAUGUAAAAUUCUACUGUCACGAUGAAUAGAACAUUGUGUUUUAUCACAAUUUUUCAGCAUUCCGCGACAUCUCGAUAAAGUGAUAAAAAGCAAACGUAUUUUUCUAUCGGUUUUUACAGGGGAUCCAUUUAUUGAACGAGAAGUCAUUUUUUUAUUGAAUAGAUGUCAAUGAUAAUAACUGUUAAGAAUUUAAAGUUUUCUAUCCUUUGCAUGUCAACGUGGCUCAGGUAUAAGUGGAUACACACAUUACGUAUUCAGUCGUACACAAUUGCUGUCAGAUACUCUGAUAUCGCAAUCCGAGACUAUUGUUGUGCGAAACAAAUUGCAAGGCGCAAAACAAAAUGCCGCACGCAACAAUUAAUCGUCAGAAUAUUGUAACGCGCCACGAAUCUAUGGAAUCGCCGUUUCAAGCUAGUCAUGUUUCACGCUUAGUCACUGAUAUCGAUUGCAUCCAUCCCAUUUUCACAUAGAGGCCAAAAGCGACAUAUACUGAGCCACGUUUACGUACAAAAUACAUUGUAUAUGCUCUCGAUCUGCCAGUUUAGAAUAAUAAAUGACGAAUACGAUACACGUAAUGAAGCUAUAUAUAUUAAUAAUAUUUAGUAUAUCUCUAUAGAAAUGUAUUAAAGGAUUAUAAUAACCUCUUAUAGCUGGUAGGCAGCUUUCAUUAGCAGUAAAGAACAUAAUCCUCAUGAUGAUAUAUCGAUUAACAAAACAGAUCGCAUUAUUGUGACGUUAGAAUAAGUUUAUCGAUUGACGAUCGAUUAACCAUUUUCUACUGCUAAUAAAUGAUACAUAUGAGCGUAUAAUUUUUUAUACGCCAAUUAUAGCCAGAUAAUACUCCAAAAUAAUCAUGACAUGUUGAAUACAUUUUGCGCCAGAAAGGAAUAAAGUGCGAAAUUGAAAGUAAAUAUCUGAAAUAUUGUGACAGGAAAUAUUGUAUAAAGAAACCUGGUUGAAUUGAUAUGGAUCUUGUAAUGUCGUUGACAGAAUAAUAAAAUGAUAUAGUUGCUUCUUUUAUACAUA